AUGAGCGAGACUAGAACCACGUCGACCCAACUGGGGCGCCAACAGCGUCUCGCAGCUAUGGCUGGUGGUUUAGAGAGCACCACGGUCAGAAUGUCUUUAAAAAUGAAAUUAUGUGUCUAUCAAGCAAUGGGCCACAACACAAGCGGGCUCCUUUAA